AUGACUGUUCGACGCCGUGUGCCCGGUACCUCCUCAAUGAAUGCCGGAAAGCACGGAAUGAGACAUUAUUUUGACUCCUACCCUCCUCGUCUCCUAUCCGUCACCGAAAUCCCCUCCUGGUACUCCAACAACAGUUUCGUUCGUUCCGGCUACCGGCCUGUCACCCAGUCCGUCUCCCGCUGCGUACAGAGUCUCGCGUAUCUCCACAACGAGACUGUUAACAUUUACACCCACCUGGUCCCUGCAUUAGUCUCGCUGGCCGCAAGCUUCUUCUUCCACGCCUUCUUCUCAUCGAACUACCCAAAGGCUAUUUGGCAGGAUGAAGUCAUCUUCCAAAUUUAUCUCACAACCACCAUCUUCUGCUUUGGCAUAAGCUCCGUGUAUCACACGCUUGUGUGCCAUUCCGAAGGAUAUGCCAUAGCUUGGGUCAGGCUAGACCUCAUUGCAAUCGUGUUCCAGAUCAUCGGUUCCGUGGUAUCGGGAUCUUACAUGGGCUUUUACUGUGAGCCGACACUGCAAAAGACCUAUUGGGUCAUGAUCGUAGUACUUGGAACCUUCUCCGGGGCCGUUAAUGUUCUUACCGAUCUGGAUAGUACCAAAUGGCGUCUUCUCCGGCUGCUCACUCUGGUUGCCACCGGCUUCUCUGCUCUCGCGCCCAUCAUCCAUGCGGCUACCAUGUUCCCAUACUGGCAGCUGGACAAACAAACUGGAUUGCGGUUUUACUACGCAGAAGGUGUUGCAAUGGUAUCUGGUGUCUACUUUUAUGCGUUUGCAGAACGUCCCUGCUGA